AUGCAACAACCACAUUCCAGAACGUUUCUCUAUUUGCUUUUCAUAUUAAUAUUGCAAGUGUGUUUGCAAGUUCAACAACAUUCCACCACACUAGCUGUCAACACAUGUUGGGGAUAUUCAGCUACUGACAUUUCGAAUGUAUGUGGAGGUCAUGGUUUCUGUCAAAGUACUGAUUCUUGCUAUUGUGUAGAUUCAACGAGUAGUAAUACUUUAUAUUCAUCAGGAGGAUCCAACACUCUCUAUCAGGAAACUUCUCUAUGGUCCACCAACUCUCAAUUCGAAUUGAAACAACAAAAUGAUGGUAAUUUGGUAGUUUAUACGAGAAGUGGAGGAGUGGUUUUCUCUUUCUCAACUUGGCAACAAACACCUGAUACUCCCUAUACUUUAGUUCUUUCUGGGGAUGGUACAUUACAAGUUAAAAGUGGUGGAGGUGCCAUUAUAAAGACAAUUUCAGGAGCAUGUGGUGGUACAGCCCCUUACAAAUUACUAGUCCAAAAUGAUGGUAAUAUAGUGCUCUAUGGAGCACAGAGAGAAGUUUGUUUUGCUUCUGGAACAUCUCAAGGUGGUUAUUCACUUACGUAUAAUUGGGGUGGAGACCAGUGCAAUCAAUAUCUUUGUUACGGGUUGACUGGUGCUAAUGCAUGUAAUGGUCACGGCUCUUGUAAUUCGAGGGAUAGUUGCUCAUGUAAUAAUGGAUACAGUGGAAGUCAAUGUACUGAGUACUACUGCAAUAGUGUACUGUAUUCUCAGAUUGGUACAGUUUGUAAUGGUCAUGGAACGUGUACGGCUCCAAAUACUUGUCAAUGUACUGGUGGAUAUAAUGGUACUUUUUGUGCUUCAUAUCAAUGUUAUGGAUUUGAAUCGAAUGACCCAGGAGCAUGUAGUGGAUUUGGAACUUGUUCUUCACCAAAUACUUGUACUAAUUGUCUUGCUGGAAGAUAUGGAUCUGAGUGCCAAUAUUAUGAUUGCGGUGGAAUUAGAUUUGAUCAACCAAACGUAUGCUCUGGAAGAGGAGAAUGUGGUUCUAAAAACAAUUGUACUUGUUCAGAGCCAUACUUUGGAGAUAAUUGUGAAAAUUUUAUGUGUAAUGGAAUCAUUAACAAUUCUACGCUCGUUUGUUCAGGCCAUGGAGCAUGUUCUUCACCAGAGAAUUGUACUUGCCAAGAGGGUUACUUUGGAGAGAAUUGUGAAUUGUUUGAAUGCAGUGGAAUUUUGAAAAAUGAAUCAAAUGUGUGCACUGGAUUUGGUAAUUGCACAGCAUUUGAUAGUUGUCAAUGUGAUGAGCAACAUUAUGGUAAAUUCUGUGAAAUUAAUAUUUGCAAUGGAGUACUCUCAAACAGUCCAAGUGUUUGCUCUUCACAUGGUCAAUGUAACUCAUUCAAUAAUUGUACUUGUGAUGAAAAUUAUAGUGGACAAAAUUGUGAAAUUUAUGAUUGUUAUGGAGCUUCUAAAAAUUCCUCCUCCGUAUGCUCUGGAAGAGGAACAUGUUCAGCAUAUAACAAUUGUAGUUGCUCUGCACCUUUUUAUGGAUCUGAUUGUGGAUUAUAUAAUUGUUUUGGAGUAGAGCACUUGAACGACAGUUCAUGUUCAUCCCAUGGUUCAUGUGAUUCACCAAACAAUUGUACAUGUAAACCUGGAUAUUAUGGAAACCGUUGUGAGUUUCAUAAUUGUUAUGGCACUCUCUUCAACAGCUCAGGUGUUUGUUCCACUCAUGGACAAUGCUUAUCACCAAAUAAUUGUUUCUGUGAAGCAGGAUUCUAUGGACCAGAAUGUGCAGAAUAUGAUUGUUUUGGAGUUCAUAAGAAUUCUUCAAAUGUUUGUUUCCAACAUGGAGCUUGUUUGAGUCCAAAUAAUUGUUCUUGCCAGGAAGGAUACUUUUCGUUUGAUUGUUCUAAUCAUAGAUGUUAUGGAUAUUUAUUUAAUGAUACUACAAAUGUUUGUAAUGGCCAUGGCUCAUGUCCUUAUCCAAAUAAUUGUACAUGUCAAUCAGGAUAUUAUGGAUAUCAGUGUGAAUCUCAUGAAUGCUUUGGAAAGUUAUUCAAUAUCUCGACUGUUUGUUCCACCCAUGGACAAUGUUUGUCACCAAAUAAUUGUUUCUGUGAAGCAGGAUAUUAUGGACCAGAAUGUGCAGAAUAUGAUUGUUUUGGAGUUCAUAAGAAUUCUUCAAAUGUAUGCUUCCAGCACGGUACAUGUUUGAGUCCUAACAAUUGCUCAUGCCAAGAAGGAUACUACGGAUUCGAUUGUUCUAAUCACAACUGUUUUGGAAUUCUGUUUAAUGAUACCAUGAAUGUUUGUAAUGGUCAUGGUUCUUGUUUUGUUCCAGAUAAUUGUACAUGUCAUCCAGGAUAUUAUGGAAAAACCUGUGAAAUGCACAAUUGUUUCAAUAUUUUGUUCAAUGACUCAAAUGUUUGCUCAGGAAAAGGUCAAUGCUUAUCACCAAAUAACUGUUCCUGUGUUGAUGGUUUUACCAAUAAGGAUUGCUCAGUGAAUAUCAGUCCUUUCCAAAUCAACCUCACAAAAUACGAAGAAGUUGUUUAUUUGGAGUUUGAUAACAAGACUAUUAGUGUUGAAAUUCAAUUGACAGAUCGAGUAUUGAGCCAAAGUCCAAAUAUUUCCUACACUUGGUCUUGUGCUCAGUGCGAUGGACAAAAUGUGGUGUAUUAUGUUGAUUCUAAUCGUUUGUUCAUCAACUCUACAUUAACUGAUGUUACUCAAGCAGGCAAUUACACUUUCAUUGCAAACGCAUCCAUUGCUAAUAUUCAACCAUUCCAAAGUAGAAAAUCCAACAUUGAGCAAUUCAAAUUGGUUGUAAAGUAUGAUUUGAAUCAGCCAACUUUGGGCUCCUUUGGCUUACCUUCUGUACUUGUAUCUAAUACUCAAGAUCAAACUAUUUCAACUGUUAUUAAUAGUAUCACUCUUAAUCAAACAACUGUAAGAUACUUUUUGGGUUGUGGUAGAAAUUGCUCAACUUUGGUUUCGUAUUUAUACGAAGUGAAGGCUGGAGUGUUUUAUUACAAAAAAUCAGGUUCUGUAAUGGCACAAUUUGAGAGCUCUAAUCUAUUGACCUUUUCUCCAUCUGUUCCUAUUCAAGCAACCAUUCCAUCUGAUUAUUUGAAUGAAACAGUCUCAUUCACAUUUACAGUUAUCAAUAACAAGCAACAGAAUAUCAGUUCAACUGUACAAAUUCAAAUUGUCUCCUCUGCAAGCCCACCAACACGACUGACAAACAUAGUGGAUGUUGUACCAACAUAUGGUAUUUCAAUGAGUGAAAAGUUUACAAUUAAGGUUUCGGAGUGGGUUGCAUCACCUGAACUGUUACCACUAAAAUACGCUUUUGGAUAUUUUGAUAAAUCCAAGGCAGAAGCUGUGAGAUUGACCGAAUAUGGUCUUAAUACUACGUUUUCAUCUUAUCUACCUUAUAUUAGAUCAUCAUCUAGCUCUAAGGCAAGAAGCAUCUUGGAAGCUACAGAGACAAUUGCUUUGGUUGUCUUUGUACAAGACUCUCUUGGAAAUGUCGAAACUGAAACGGCAGCUAAUGUAACAGUAUCUCCAUUUAAUGGAACUCAAGAGCAAUAUAUUGAGGUUGUUAAAUCUUUGAGCGGAGAAUCACUAUUGGUUGCCUCAGUGGAUCAAACAUUCACAAGCUUAGCAUCAUCAUCAUUGGUUUCAGCCCUCAUUUCUAAUAUUGAAAUUGAUCCAAAGAAUCCUUCUUCUUCUCUUUCCAGCUUGGAAACGCUCACGUCCAACAAUGAAACACUCACAGCCAAUACAGUUACUCAGGUCAUCAACAAAUUGGAUUCAUUUAUCUCCAAUCUAACAGAGCUCUAUUUAAGUGAACUUGCUCUAUAUGGCUAUGUGAAAUCCGGGAUGUCCAGUACAGACAUUAGCAAAACAGUUCAAAUUAUUUCGAACUGUUUCUCUACUUCAUAUGAUGCCGAAAAAACCAAAUCAACAGCAAGUCUCGUCACAGGUCUGAUUUAUUAUGGAACUAUUCCUUCUGUUGUAGACACAACAUCCACAGAAUUACCAACAACCUCUUACAAAUCAACUUCUAUUAACAUUACUGUUUCUAGUUUCAACAUGCCAACACCGAGUACGAAUCUACAAUCAGUCUCAGAUACUGAAAGCAAGGUAGCAAUGAAUUUGACAUCUAUUUUGUCCAAAUAUGGUGCCUAUUCGACAACAUGUGGUGCAACAAUGAUAAUUUAUUCAAAGAACACUAAUUAUGAUUCCUCUGUUAGUAACAUGACUAUCAGUUCCUCUGUUACUGACUUUAAAUUCAUGAGAAAACUGGAUAUUUUAGUAUUGAAAAAUUUGGAUUCACCGCUCAUACUUUCCUUCAAUGCAGCCACAAUCCCAAGCUCAGUGAUCGCCAACUCCACAGUUACCAACAGUACGUAUCAUUGUAAGUAUUGGGAUGAGAGUCUUAAAUUGUGGAGCAGCAAUGGAUGUUUAUUGAAUAGAGUUUCAUCAAAUUCAAUUGAAUGCGCUUGCUCUCAUACAACUAUGUUUACAACUUUCCUUGAAUCCAAGACCACAGCACUUACUGUUCAACUCAAGGAUCAGGUUUCGUCUUUAUACUAUGCCCAAAUAUCAUUCGGUAUUAUUUACUUGAUUGCCGCCAGUGCUAUUUUGGUUGGAUUGAUUGUUUUGAGAAAAUCGCAACCUGUUAGCUCUAGAUUACUGACUCCAUAUGUUGGUUUGAUUGCCUUAAUUGUGGAAUGUACAUUGAUUUACAUAGUACAAAGAUCUGUUCUCGUUGAUCAAUUGAACUCUGCCAAUACUCAAAUGUGGGAAAAUGGAGAUACUGCUGCCAACAUUAUUGCAAACAUUGUAAUGAUUAUUGUAAACACUCUCAAUUUAACUGCCAUUUUCUGUUACGUCAUGCAAGUUUUCAGAUUCCAAUUCAUGAAAUUGCUUUACAAGAAACUUUCUGAUAAUAGAACUCAAGCUCAAAGUGCAACAGUUUUGAAAGUAUUGAAGUAUACCACUUCUCAAAUAUUAUUUUAUUCAUUGAUUGGAAUUUUUACUGCCCUAAAUAUUGCCUAUUGGGUUAUUUGGGUCAUUCUGAGAAGAACUGGAGUUCUCACAUCAACACAGUACACCUAUGUUGUAUCCCUUUCUUAUACGGUUUGCAUUUUGGCAUUUGGUUUGAUAAUUACUGCUGUUGCAAUCCUUGACAUGAUUCUCUCCUCAAAGAAGGAAGUUGAGCAAAAGAAAAAUAGAAGAAAAGCUAUUAACUUUUCACAACCAACCAGCAACUUUAGUCUUGAUAAUGCUGAAAAUGUACAUGAAAAGAAGAAAAUUAAUAGGAAUGUAUUCUUGAAUGCUUUCAAUUGGUUUACAUCAAUGGAUGGACCACUCUAUUUCAGAAUGGAAAUGUUCAUUUAUAUCGUGUCUUUCAUUUUGCUAAUAUUGAAUCAAGUUAUUGGAUUGAGUAGCUUAGCAUACAGAUUUGAGAGUUUGACAAUGUUUAAACUUGCUUUGACUUUUGAUUCCAUUUCCUUCAUCUUUGAGGUACUCUAUGUGGUCUCAUAUAUUUUAGUAUUUGGUGGUUAUGCACUCAUUGUCGCAAUCAUUUACAAGGUUAGACAACGUAGAACAAGAAAGGAAGAACAAAAGAAACAAAAUGAGGAAAUUAUGAAUCAAGAACUUUACAAUACUUUGGAAUCUGAAGAAGGUUAUGAACUCUUUGCCAACUUUUGCGAAAAAGAAUUCAGUUCAGAAAAUCUAUUCCUCUUCUCUGAUAUCAAAGCAAGUCCAGAUGUGGCCUCUGGUGAAAAUCUAGGAGGAUUACUCUUCUUUGCUGAGAGAAUUUAUGAAAAGUACAUCAAGACAGGUGCAGAAAUGGAAGUUAACAUUCCAUCAAAGAGUAGAACUGCUUUUGUCCAACUCUAUGAAAAAUGUAAGAAAGUUGAAACAAACUCUUCAUUGGAAUUAUUAGAUUCUAAUUCUCUAGCUAAAUCUGGAAUUGAAACCAAUAUUGUAAAGGAUUGUUUCGAUUUAAUGAUGAGACAAGUAGUAAUGAAUUUAGGAGAUACCUUUUCUAGAUUUGUUUUCACACCAGAAUAUGUUAAUUUCAAGGCGGUUAGAGACGUUCAAAUGCAAAUUAUCGAGAAGGCCAAUGUUGUCUAUGAUAUUUAAUAAAUGUAGAGUUUG